GCCAGCUGAGUGCGACUGGAAGGCAGCUUAGGCCGGCGGCCCUUUUAUAGAUCGGAUUAUAAGGCGCCGGUAAAUCCACGGCAAACUCAACUUGGAAUGAGAAGGAACGGGCCUCCCAGGCAAACUGUGCAUCGUGAUGUAAAGGGGAGGCGAGGGGGGCGCAAAAAUGGACGGGACGGCGGCGGAGGGUCAGGCCAAUCCCCAGAAGCGGGUGAGGUUCCGGGUGGCUUCGGGGAGCAGCGGUCGCGUGCUGAAAGAGAUGUUCAAAAAUGAGGGGCCCAGCGACUCGCUCGACUCGGACGGCACCAGCAGCUCGGCGGCCAGUGGGGACGGACCCCCCUACGGGGGGUACCUGGGAUCCGAGCUGGAUGACAGCGAGAGCGAACCUGACGAGCUGUUGGUGUAUGCUGCUGGCGCCGCCAAGGACCGGACGUUCACCGCCAAAAGGGUCAAUAUACUCAGCAAGAACGGCACUGUGAGGGGGGUCAAGCACAAAGUGAGCGCAGGUCAGGCGCUCUUUGAAAACCUCCCACAUUGCAACAAUGUGCAGUUAUUGCUGGAGUUCGGUCGGAUGGUAAUCUACACCACCAGCUUCCGUGUGGUGAGGACCACCUUCGAGCGCUGCGAGCUGGUACGCAAGAUCUUCCAGAACCACAGGCUCAAGUUCAUGGAGAAAAACAUCGCUCUGGACAGCGAGUACGGCAAGGAGCUGGAGGUGCGCUGCAAGCGGGUGGGAGAGCCUCCGUCGCUGCCUGUCGUCUUCGUAGACGGACACUACCUCGGGGGUGCUGAGAAGAUACUGAACAUGAACGAAUCAGGAGAACUGCAAGAUCUUCUAACAAAAAUUGAGCGGGUGCAGCACCCUGAGACGUGCCAGAGCUGCGGGGGCUUCGCCUUCGUCCCUUGCCCAACGUGCCAUGGCAGCAAGAUGUCUGUGUUCCGCAACUGCUUCACGGACUCCUUCAAAGCCCUCAAGUGCACUUCCUGUAACGAGAAUGGACUGCGGCCUUGCGGGAGCUGCAGCCAGUGAGCAUGUCAAGUGCCUGAACACAUCUCUUCUCUUCCAGGGACUUCCACCGCAAAAAAUGACUCUUCCCUGCUCUAUUGCCAUUGUGAUAAAAAAACAUUUUAAUAAAACAUACGUUUUGUGCA